AAACUAGCUCUGCGAAGCAAAGAAUUAUUCUAGUGAAAACUUCCACUAAGAACAAGUCAAGAUGGCCUUCAAAGUUGUGAUCCUCUGCGUUGUUGCUGUACUUGUCCAAACCAUCUCUGGUCAGAGAUGUGGCUGCUCAAGUGGCGGCUCUAGGAGCUCCAGCAGCUCCAGGGGCUCCAGCAGCUCCGUCAGCUCCAACUCCAUCGCCAUCCAAACUAGCGGCGGCGACCUCCUCGUCACCAGCGUCGGCCCCAUCUCCCCCUCCGGCAUCGCCGUCUCCUCCGAGCUCGGACUGAGUGGAGACUUGGACGUUAACGGAGAACUGCCGUUCCUGAGCGCCGUGGAGUUCUCGGGAGAAUACGACACUAAAGGGUCUGGCUGCGUCGACUACAGCUGCGGCAGCUGCGGGAACGUGGCCAUCACCAGCGUGCAGGGCGGCUCCGGCUGCGGCUGCGGCUGCAGGCGCUAAGACCACGCAUAUCGUCCGAUAUUUUUAAAUUUGUAAUUUAUCGGACUUAAAUUUGAAAUCGCCCUAUGCUGUGACACAAUAAAAUAUAUGAGCCUACCUAAA